AUGGAGCAAGAAUGCGAAAACAAGCAACAACUAGAAGAGUACCAUGACAAGUAUCAGAUUCAACGGGAGACUGAAAGCAAUGAGAAAGCAUUGGAAAAUGCAAAAGUACGAGCGGAUCAGAUUCAGGAAACAACAGAAUACCUUAAGUUAGGAGAUGCUUGCAGAUUGAUGAAUCAGUUUCAAAUGGCAAUUAAAUACUACGAAGAAGCUUUAGAAAUUGUAAAAGAACGAAAAGAUGAAGCUCUGGAGACAACGGCAUACCUUGCGUUAGGACUUGUGUAUAGAUUGAACAAUCAGUUUCAAACAGCAAUCGAAUACUAUGAGAAGGCUUUGGAAAUUGCAAAAGAACGAUACGAUCAAGCUCAGGAAACAACGACAUACCUAAGGUUAGGAGACGUUUAUAGAUUGAACAAUCAGUUUCAAAUGGCAAUUGAAUACUGUCAGCAAGCCUUGGAAAUUGCGAAAGAACGAAAAGAUCAAGCUCAAGAUACAACGGCAUACAUUGGGUUAGGGCAUGCUUAUAGACGAAGCAAUCAGUUUCAAACAGCAAUUGAAUACUAUGAACAGGCCUUGGAAAUUGCAAAAGAACGAAAAAAUCAGGAUCAGAAAACAAUGGCAUACCUUGGGUUAGGACUUGCUUGUAGAAUGAACAAUCAGUUUCAAAUGGCAAAUGAAUAUUAUGAGACAGCCUUGGAAAUUGCAAAAGAAGGAAAAGAUGAAGCUCUGGAGACAACGGCAUACCUUGGGUUAGGACUUGUGUAUAGAUUGAACAAUCAGUUUCAAACAGCAAUCGAAUACUAUAAGAAGGCUUUGGAAAUUGCAAAAGAACGAUACGAUCAAGCUCAGGAAACAACGGCAUACCUAAGGUUAGGAGACGCUUGUAGAUUGAACAAUCAGUUUCAAAUGGCAAUUGAAUACUGUCAACAAGCCUUGGAAAUUGCGAAAGAACGAAAAGAUCAAGCUCAAGAGACAACGGCAUACAUUGGGUUAGGACAUGCUUAUAGACGAAGCAAUCAGUUUCAAACCGCAAUUGAAUACUAUGAGCACGCCUUGGAAAUUGCAAAAGAACGAAAAGAUCAAGAUCAGAAGACAACGGCAUACCUUAGGUUAGGAUAUGCUUAUAGAAUGAUCAAUCAGUCUCAAACAGCAAUUGAAUACUAUGUGCAAGCCUUAGAAAUUGCAAAAGAACGAAAAGAUCAAGAUCAGGAGACAACGGCAUAUCUCAGGUUAGGAAAUGUCUAUAUUCAUAGACAGAUCAAUCAGUUUCAAACGGCAAUUGAAUACUAUGAGCAAGCCUUGGAAAUUGCAAAAGAACGAAAAGAUCAAGCUCAAGAAAUAACGGCAUACCUUGGGUUAGGACGAGCUUAUAGACGGAGCAAUCAAUUUCAAACGGCAAUUGAAUACUAUGAGCAAGCCUUGAAAACUGCAAAAGAACGAAAAGAUCAAGCUUAUGAGACAAAGGCAUGCCUUAGGUUAGGACGUGCUUAUAAAUUGAAUAAUCAGUUUCAAACAGCCUUGGAACACUAUGCAAAGGCCAUGAAAAUUGCGGAGGAACUGGAAGAUAAACAUUACGAAAGUAUUGCAAGAAAUGCAAGUGAAAAGAUUUUAAGAAUUACGGGUAAGUUUAGGCAAAUGGAUGUCAACUGAGUAUCAGGUUGUUAAAGUUAUUGUUAUUUUAAAAAUAAAACCUUGAAUCCGACACUUGAUGUUGCAGUUUUAUGCACAAUAAAAAUGUGCUCGGUUGAAGAGAAACGCUAAGCUCAAUGACUGGGUUUAUAAUCCCAAAGUAAAACCCAAGUUCAUCAAACUGUCAAUGCGGCAGCUACCUGCGACCAUCUUGAGUAACAAAGUUUCAUGUUGACCUAAAGGCAAUUAUCCAAUCUGGUGUAGGAAAAUAGUCACGUGCACGCAUGCAUCUCUUUACCACCAAAAGUACACUUAGUCAUGGAGACACACAACACAUUCAAUAUGUUAUGCAAAUUAGAUAUCAAAAGCACAAGGACCAAAAUGAACAUCCGACAGUGCCAGAAAAUCCCUUUAUUUUUUAUCUCGAAAUAGAACUUUGCAAGCCUUACGAUGCCUGGAGAUGGCAUAGUUCGAGUAAUUCCACUUUCUACACACCUUUUUGAAUAUCUAUCUACUAUAUAAAACACGAGCAGGACUACUUUAUCAGAUAUAAAACACGACAGCGCAGCUCGAGUGUUUUGUAUCUAAUAAAGCACACACUGCGAGUGUUUUAAAUGGCUUAAUAAAACGACCUAUCUGAUGAGUUCAUUGGUAUGUCGAAGUAAUUUAAAAAAUUCUCGUUGUCUAAGCCGAGAAAAUCCACCAACACCGUAGUGAUUUCCGUUUUCUUUUCCUCAUGAAUUAUUAAUGAGUUUUUCAAAUAGUAAACAAAUCUUAACGUUAAACGGCUACGUCUUCUUCAGACAACUUAAAGUUAUCGAGCCCUCUCCGUGCUUCGACAUUCAAAAUCGCUGGUAGAUUAAAUAUGACUGUAUUUUCAAUCGAUUUAGGUUCAGUCGAUGAAGAUAAGUCUAAUACUAAUAGCAUCCAAAACUCUACAUCAUCAAACAACGCUCGACUUCAGGAUCAAACAGUUGAUAAUAUUCAAGAAACAGAAGCAGAAGAACUUCAUGACAAGGGUUGUAAGUUAGAUGCAACUGUCAAAUCGUGUCUCGAAGUUCAAGAAAAUUCUUAUGAUCUUGGUGAGAGAAAAGAAGAAGCCAAAAACGCCUAUCUAAUGCUCGGAGACAAUUAUCAAGAAUUAAAGCAACACGAAGAAGCCAUUGAAUCUUACCAAAAGACUUUAGAUAUCAGUAAAGAAUUGAGGGAUAAAGAAAUGCAAAUAGUCGCAAUUCAGAGAUUAGGAACAUUAUACUUAACUUUGGCAUCAGUUUGUUCUAAAGAAUGCGAUUACGGACAGGCAGUACACUGGUACAAAAAGGUGCUGGAUAUUUCCGGAACAGAGCGCGAUGAGGUUCACCUCCUGCACGAGAAGGCUCUAAUUGGUUUGGGAGUAGCCUGGUUAAAUUUAGAAGAUACUGAGAAAGCAAUUGAAUACAUUAGCGAAGCUAAAAGGUUUGCUGUGAAGAAAGCUGAUACAGGUAAUCAUUUUAAUUAUAAUUGUUUUGGGGAAAACACAAACUUUACUAUUUGGGAGAGUUUUCGAUAUUUUAAAUAAUAUAUGGUCACAAUUUGAAUAUUUUUUACCCUUUUUCUUCAAGAUAUUGUCUAGCUUUAUGCCUUUUCUAUCCAUAUAGAUUCUGAGAAUUCCGAAACUACGCAUGACAAUAUAAACUCUGCAGAGCAAAAGCCGCCACCCUCGCCAGUACCAGGUAAAUCGGUUAUACUCCAGAUAAGUCAUUUUCAGAUAUUAAAUAUUGUGUAUUUAAUAUUUUUAUUCAAGAAAACAUUAGUUAUCUGCUUUUCCAAAUUGAUUGUGUUUUCCUCUAGUUACUCAACCUCGUUCCCAGGCUCUUCCCUCUUUACCCAGAAUCUGGGAGCCACGUGACCAGCUAUUGCCAAGGUCUUUCCUCCUAAAGAGGGAAGAGCCUGGGAACGAGGUUGCUACUUACUCAUGUAAGAGGACGGGCGUUUUCGUAGCCUUAAGUCCUAACAUGCUAACAUGCAUGGGCUAUACGACGAAGCCACGUCGCGACUUCAGAUCACCCCUGAUGAAAACACUAUACUGGAGUGUCGAAACGUUGGGUCGUGAAUGCAAUUCGACUGGGCUUUGCAUUCAUUGAUUUAUUAAAACCAGAGUAGCGUGCGGAAACAUGAUUGAUAGCAGUUCUACGUUACACAAUGUUCGAUUUUUUUUAUGUAAUUCGAAUAUUUCUAAAUUAAUAGAUUUAGGUGGCAAGGAAGAGAACGUUCUCCUUCUUCAAGAGAUAAAGCCAGUUACAGGUAAGAAGCUUUACACAUUAAAAUAAAACAGCAAGCCGUCAUUAAUCAGUAAAUGACAAUUAAAUUGAUCGUUUAAACCUUAUCAAUAUAUUUGAUGAAUAACUAAAAUCUACUUUUCAUUAUAGACAUUAUAAAUUGACCUUUUUCUCAAAUUAAAUUUCAAUAAAAUUGAAUACGUUGUUCCCUUAUAUAGAAGCAAUGUGACCAUAAGUGGCAGUCAAGUCCCUUCUGUUCACUGGCCUGUUUUGUUUAAAAUGUUUUGUUUCAAACAAUAGAUAAUUCAAUUAAAAUAUGUAGCUAUUAUGCAUUCAGCAUACAUCAGUACAUCAGUACAUCACGAAAGAUGAAAUUGAGCUAUUAAAGAAAAUUUACCUCCAAAACAAUAAAUUCCAAAGGGCGGAUUUUAAGAUGCCGCUUCAGCCAGUUUUAGCACAAAAUUUGUCCAAAUUUCGAGCACUCUCGGCAGUUGAGUGAAGUAAAUGUCGAUACUCUUUAAGAGCAAGACCAAAUGGUUUACUUUAGUACACUAGUCCAAGGUGUUACUCUGUUUAUAAGAUACAAAAUAUAUAAAGUUUAUCGUACAUGUGCUUCAAUAUAUAUAUAAUAAACAUAACUCUAAAAUUGUCAAAAAUACUUUAUUUUUCAGAGAGGUGGGCUCAAGUAGAUGCAUUGAUUGAAGAAAUGUGCAACCCAAGUACAACAGAAAGACUAACUAGUGAGAAAUUGGUUACUAUGGAAAAAUACAUCAAAGAAAUUGCUCCUUCGUACGUGUACACUCGCCAAAUAUCAGUUGAGGAACCUUUCACGAAGAACGUGCGUAAAGCCAUGUCAGACAAUGUUAAAAACUCAGCAUAUACAAGGCUGUUCGGCAAAAACGAUCAUAAACUUGGUAGAAAGGAUGGAAACUUGGUCAAUGGGGAUCAAGAAAUCUUCAACUUUGCAAGGGAUGAAGUAUUUAAAAAUGCUUCGACCAAAAGGCCGGCGAGACUGAAUGAAACUUUGACAUCUUCUAUGAGAUCCAUUGGCCAAAUUAAAUGCGGCAAUGUUCGAGGAACUUGCUUCCUUGUCACAGACCAGCUGGUGCUGACGAAUUAUCAUGUUUAUAGGAUGAUAGAAACAGAAAGAAAUGAGUCAGAAAAUUCCAGCUUACCCAUCACUGUUUUGUUUGAUUAUUUCCACGCUGAACACAUGGAAAAUGUUGUUGUAGAAGCUGAGGUUGAUGAAGAACAGGAUCCUAAGCUUUCGAAUCCGUACGUUGAUUACAAAUUUUUUCGUUUGAAGCAAAACGAAGGUCUUGCAGAUCGUGUUCCGCUUGGUCCAAUGGUACGUAAUUGGCAAUUAUCAGAUGGUCGAGUUGUUAUCCUUGGUCAUCCAGAAGGAAAAGAACUGCAGGACGAAGUCUGUAUUGUUGUCGGUUAUCGGGAGAUGCACGAGACAAUAAGGAAAAGACAUGAGCAGUGUAAUGGCGUGCAUAUGACCAAUGCACAGUUACUGCACAAAACGGAAGAAUUCCAGGGUCGUCUGUCAUAUGACACAACUUUUUUCUCGGGUGCUAGUGGUUCUCCUGUUUUUGAAAUGAAUGGAAACAUCGUCGCCAUGCACACACAAGGAUACCAACUGGAAAUAUUGGAAGACGAUACACCGAAUCAAUCGAAGAAUGUUUGGAAUCAUGAGCUGGAAAAUGGUCCGAAUGCGCAGCAAGAAAGUGUUUCUAAUCAGGAGCAAGAAAAUGUUCCGAAUCAAGAGCAAGAAAACGUUCCGAAUCAGAAGCAAGAAAAUGUUCUGAAUCAGGAGCAAGGAAAUGUUCCAAAUCAGGAGCAAUGCGGUAUACCGGAUCAAAAGCAAGAAAAUAUACCAAAUCAGGAGCAACAAAAUGUUUGCAAUCAGGAACAAGAAAACGUUCUAAAUCAGGAACUGGAAGAUGUUCCAAAUCAGGAUCAUAAAAAUGUACCGAAUCAAGAGCAAGAAAGUGGUCCGAAUCAGAAGCAAGAAAAUAUUUCCAAGAAAAGAAAAUAUUCGUUGAUGGAAUUUGGCGUCCAGUUUCUUUCAAUAUGUAGAGACUUGAGACGAUGGCAUGGCGAAAAUAUUGUCAAAAAAAUUUUUCCAAAUUAUAAAUUGAAUCCGGGUGAAGAACCAAUGGAUACAACCUAGUUUUUGACAUAUGAUGUACUAAAGAAGACCAAACUUUAUUCAACUAUUCACAUUUGCACCGAAUGUCUUAUUCAUAAGCACAAGAGGUCGUUUUAUUGUCCUUAACAUUCGAAGAACCGACCAAUUGUUCGUAUUUGCAUGCAUGAUUGGAAAGGUAUAGCAGGACGUUUGUUUAGAGGGGUUCAGAAUUUUGACUUGCACCACCGCGACCGCUACCAUUAACCAGUCAGAUAUGUUUAAUCUACUCGAUUAACUGAUCAAAUGCGUAUUAAUUAUAAACUAGUGAGUGGCAGCAAUAGUGGUACUGGAAGUCACAUCUGAACAUAUCUACAUAGGUAAUGUCCCUGAAAAGUUUUGAAAUUUUGAAACUAAUUGGCCGCCAAAUCUCAGGGUUUGCCAGGCUGUGCGGCCCUUUAGACGGUUAUUUUUCACUUACCAAUAAAGGAUUAAUGUAAUCCCACAAUAAGUCGAAAAAACGUGGAGUUUCUUGUAAUUUGUCUCAAAUAGCGAUAGUUUGUAAAUAACUUGUCUGGUGCAAAUAAUGUCUAUUCUUAUCAAAGCCAUGUAAAUUAGCACGGAAUCUGCGUCCGAUCAACACGUG